AUGGCCUCCCCGACUCGCGCUCUGUGGCUGCGGCUGCGCAACAUGCCCGUCCUCCGUAUGCUGCAGCUCGAGGAGGCCAUCUUUCGCACCGACACGCGCAGCUGGUUCAUCACCAACACCUGGGAUGCGCCGCCCACCAGCGCCGGCCCGGAGCGCGACGCUGCGCACGCCGCGGCUCAGUCGGUUGUGCUGGGCAUCUCUGGCAAGCCAGCCGAGAUGCUCAACACCGAGGAGGUGCUGAAGGCCGGCGUGCCGGUCAUCAAGCGCUUCUCCGGCGGCGGCACAAUUAUCUCUGACGCCGACACGCUCUUCGCGACCUUCAUCUGCGCCGCCGACGACGAGCCUCAGGCACACGUCCCGCAGGUGCCCCCCUACCCGGACCCGAUCCUAGACUGGACGUCCUCCGUGUACGACGCCGCACUGCGCGGCUGCGGCGCGACCAACUUUGCGGUGCGCGCAAACGACUACUGCUUCGCGACCGAGGAGGGCGACUUCAAGUUUGGCGGCAACGCGCAGUCCAUCUCGGGCAAGCGCUGGCUGCACCACACCUCCCUGCUCUGGGACUAUGAGCCAGCGAGGAUGGGUCUGCUGCGGAUGCCUAAGCGCCAGCCCGCUUACCGCGCGCAGCGGUCGCACGGCUCAUUUGUGCGCGGCCUCUCGCAGACGCUGCCCUCGCGGGACGCGUUUUGCGCCUCCCUCGCCGCCGCCGCGGGCGCGACGUGGGAGCUGACGCCGGUGGAGCUAGAGGAGGCGCAGGCGGCGCUCAGCUUGCCGCACAGACAAGUGACGAGGCUACUUAGACCGGAGGAGGUGUGUUGA